UUCUCAACAAACAAGAGGUGGAUCCUAGUUGUGAGCCCUGGGAUUGCUACUUCCAAGACUCUCAGGUGCCAAAACAUAAAGCUCCUAAUUCUGACAUUACAUUCGCUACGCCUUUCGUUUUCAAGCCCGUAAAUCCAGCCCAAGGUUUUCCAACUGGCGAUUCGCCCAACGCUUUUAAAAGACAAGAAUCUUUAUUUACUUCAAACUAUCCGUCUUUCUCUGCAAGUACUUUAUCCGAAGACCAAGUCGGUAAGAUAGUUGAGAUUCUUGGAACUGUGUUGGAAGAAAUAAAGGUGGAUAUAUGGAGAACUGUCCUAAAUCCAAAUAGAGAUCAUAUAAUACCCCCAAGCUUUAUCCGCGAGUUUAAUAAGCUUGUGAACGAGUCUUCUUACACACAACCUACAAACACUAAACCCCCUCUCAUAAAAACCGUAGAACAUCUACGUUCCAUUUUUUCUCCUUCAAAUACUUCUAUAACAUCAUCUUCCGACGCAGAAUUAUACAGUCAUGUAUUUCAUUUUUACUGCCAGAUGGCUGCUUUUCUAACUGUGAUCCAUUUGUUUUUUGAUAUCAUUGUAAUGGACUUUUUGUGUGAGCGUGAAGAGGGGCCACAUACAAGACGUUUAUCAAUAGAAAAGUUCAUGAACAUUUUUGAUGAUGCAGACAAUUUUUUAUUGUAUCACUCUUCACCUAUCGAAAUAGAACCAAAUAAUAGUGAUCUAGAAGCAUUUUUUUGGUAUUAUCGUGGGAUUAUACGACCUCAACCUCAAUAUCACUGUGAUCUUUCGGACCGUUUUAGAAAAUUAUCAAUUUAUUUCUCUUCAUUAGAUAUUACCGAAUCUAUACUAUCAAUGUUUUAUACAAAACACUUCUUAAAUGGGUUUGCAAAAGAACAUCAAAAAGAUCACGGACAAUUUUACACACCGAGAGAAGUUAUGAGGUUUAUGUGGGAUCGUGUUUUACUUGGUAGAGGGAAUGGUACAUGGAUUGAAAAACUUCUUGGAGGCUCUUUUCAAUCAAAAAAUGUUAUGAGCUAUCAAACUGGUCAAUCUUCGAUCGCGUCACCCCCUUGGAGCAUUUAUCCUCAAGCUCCAAAAGUGUUGGACCCUUGUAUGGGAAUAGGAUCUUUUCUUUGUGAAUUCAUACAUCGUAUAACACUUGCUGCACAACAAUGUCCUUCAGUGUGGCAUGAUCCAAAGGCUAUUUCCCAUCUUUUUCAAUCUUUAACCAAAAAUAUUUGGGGUAUAGAAAUUGACGCGUUCGCGUUUCAUCUCUGCAAACUUAACAUAACGAUACAUAUGCUACCACUUUACAAACGCUUCAUUCAGCUUUCUUACGCGAGUGAAAUUAAAUUACCUCGUUUACAUCUUUUUUGUAACGAUACUUUAAAUUUAUAUCUUCCAAAACGAGAGCUCACGUGGGAAUAUGAUAAUUUGUGGCUACUGCGUUCUCCUCAACGUCUUAAAUUUGAUUAUAUAGUAACUAAUCCUCCUUAUAUGAUUAGAAAGACUGGAUUUAUAUCAGAGCCAGACAGUGAACUUUUUGAUGAACGAGUGUUGGGUAAAGGUGGCAUGCAAGCUUAUGCUUACUUUUUCUGGUUUUGUGUCGAAAGAUGUCAGGAAGAGGCUGGGGAAAUCUGCCUUAUUAGUGCAUGGUUAUGGCAGAAAUGUCAUCUCGUAGAAUUCUUUCAAUUUGAACCAUUCAAAGUUUGGCGGAAAAUACAAACCGACUCCUUGAUAUUCCGUCUUCGCCGUCGUCGCGAAUCUUUAUCUCCUAAUAGCCUAAUCCCCAUACAGCCUCCUAUUACUUCUGAACCACCAACCAUAUUUUUACGAUACAUGAAUCGUAAAGCAACAUUACAAGAGACUCUUCAAGCUUAUGCAGACUUUAAUCCAAACAAUACACCAUUCGAUAAAGAUAUGCAUUGUAAAAUAACACCGCCUUAUCCACAUACUAUUCUUCCUUCUCCUACAAGCUCUUAUUCAUUCACGUUCCUAAUGCCUACCUCCGCUGUUAGCGCAUAUCUUCAUUCGAUAACUGCACAUCUUCCUUCCCUUUGCGACCACUCAAGUAUGAAACCUACAUGGCUUGAAUGUAAUCCGUUGAUUUGGCAUAGAGGACCAAAUACCAAUCCGGUGUAUGCUCUCGUUGUUCGUACCUCAUGGGCAUAUUCUAAAUUUGGUAAAGAAGUAUGUAGACGUUGGUUAAGGCCAGUUUUUUAUUGGAAUGGAAAAAAUGGAGGAAAAGAAGCAGAAUUUUGGCAAAAAAUGGGUGAUGAACUUCGACUUGAAAAAAAGGAAAGUUCUCCCGCUGAAGCUUACGUGCCUUUCCUUUCAUAUAAUUCUGGUGGCUCUACUGUAUCAAAAGAUGGACUUGAACAGGAAAAGUCCAUGUAUUCCUUAAUAAUGGUAGAUCGUGAUGCAGUAGAUAAAGUACGUAAAGAUUUUGGUGAAACCAGUGAAUUUUGGAUUUAUCUUAAAGAAGCACGAAAAUAUUUACAAACUGGCAUGACUUCACGAGAAGUCGCCUAUUGUGGCACUAGUAAAUGCGGGAUUGAUAUCCGUACAAAGAUCAUUCACCCUAUAAAUUACGGUUAUUUUUCUAAAAAUCAGCCACGUCAACGAUUUUUUAUCGAUGAAGAUAAUGUGUGUGUAACCAACCAGUCGACAACCGGACUUCCUCCUCAUUUCUUUCUUGGUCUCCUUAACUCGACUACCAUUCAACACUUUUUAUCUCAUCAUUGUAAAUAUGAUCAACAGGGAAGAAUGAGACUUUUUCGUGAGAAUAUGGCCAAAAUACCAUAUGCUGCACCAACCAAUCCUGAUGGUAUUGAUUGGUUCAUUAGAUGUACGCAAAAAAUGAUAAGAGUUCGUCAAAUGUUAUACGAAGGUAUUGGAUCUUGUGAAGAUGAGGAAAAAGUUGGAGGGGCAGUAGUUGAAAAAUUACGAAGAGGAACAUGGCAAUUGACAGGUCGCGAAUGGCAAGAAAAGGAAAGUGAUGGAUGUAAUAAUGAAACAAGUGUUAUUUUAAGGGAAGAACAAGAAGGAAAUUGGGUCAUGGUUAAACAAUGCCGCGGUAGGGGAGAAAAUCUUGAGUAUUCAUUAUGUCCAGGAUUUGAAGAUGAACAAGGAGCAGGACAAUCGACAGAAUUUUAUAAUAGAUAUUCUUCUUCAGCAGGAAUGUCCGUAAUGAAUGAGCAUCGAGCAACAAAAGGGAACACGACGAGGACUUACUUUUUGAAACCAUUUUUUGAAUCUCUCUUGCACGCUUCGGCUUGCCUUCAAUAUGGAAUAGAUCAAUAUGCUUACUCAUUAUAUGGAAUAGAUGCAAAAUUUCAAAUUGCUUUAGAAGAAGAAUUAAAAAUCGAAAAUUUCGAAAUUAUAAUUACCAAAUUUCCCCGAUGGAAUGGUAACAUAAGGAAUGGCCCCGGUGAAACGGAAAUGAGAGGAGUUGUGCCAGAGUGGGGUGAAAGACUCCUAUUGGAAGUAGACCAAGCGAUUAAAGGAGGUGAAAACCUCAUACGUCAGAAAAGAAUGCCCGUAGGUAAUCGAAAUUGA